AUGAACUGCACCAUAUCUGAGAUAAAGAUGGGAAGUAUAUGCAUCAAGAGCAAGACGGUUUCACCUCUACACAAUCCGACUGAGCCAUGCUUCUUGAGCCUCACCAAAGUGACUAUAAGGCACUGCCAUUCCCUGAGGGAGCUGACGUUGCUGAUGUUUGCUUCAAACCUUAAAGAACUUGAAGUUAGAAAUGCAGAUCAACUAGAAGAUAUAAUAAACGAAAAGAAAGCUUGUGAAGGUGGAGAAUCAGGGAUUGUUCCUUUUCCAAAGCUGGUUUCUCUCAAGUUGCGGAAUCUACGGGAGCUUACGAAUAUAUACUGGAGUCCUCUACGCUUUCCAUGUCUAAAGAAAUUUGAAGUAAUCGAAUGUCCAUAUCUGAAAAAGCUUCCACUGGAUUCUCAAAGUGGCAUCCAUGGUGAAAAUGAACUCGUAGUAGGAUACAGAGAGGAAAGUUGGAUUGUACGUGUUGAAUGGGAGGACGAAGCUACCAAAACUCGUUUCUUAUCUUCAUGCAAAUAUGUAUAA